UGAAUAUAUUUUCGGAUCAGAAGGACGAGUUUCCUUUCUGAGUGAUAAGGGAUUGUUUUAUUGUUAUGUUGUGAUCGAAUUUUAUCAUUUAUUUUUGUCGUUUUCGUGAAUUCAAGUCGAGUAUUUCGUCGUCUUUUGCGUUUAAUGUUGUGAAUUUCGAGGAUAUAUCGUCAUAAAAUUGAGUAUAUUUUGAAAAAGGAGAAAAAAACGUGCACUAGAUGAUCGGUUUUUUUCAAGUUGAUUUUGAAUUUUUCACUCCGAUUUGGUUCUCGAGUUCUCGAGUUAAAGUUGCAUUUUCAUUCAGUAUUAUUCUUUCGUAUCUUCUUAGGUACCUACUUGAUCUUCUGAGUUCUGUGGCUAUCCUCAGUAUCGACCAUUCGUUACAAAUUGAUCGAAUAAUUCUGUCUCAUGAUCAAAAUUCGAUUUCGGAUUGAAGUAUAUUAUUUCAUCCACAAUCAUCUAGUUCGUAUUGAUUAAUUGUUCUCCAUUUUUGUAGGGUGUUUUGUUUAUAGUAAUUUCCAGAUGAUUACACCCGUGAAGAGAGAGUUUUAGAUUUGGUUUGUUAGGUUGAUGUUUUUUAGUACUGUUUUAUUUCAUAUUUAUUUGUUUAUUUUGAUAAAAAAUCGACUUUGUUGGUUUUGAUUCACAUGGCCUAUUUGAUUCAUUGAUUUAGUUUCAUACCCUACUCGUAAUCACAUUAGCCUGCACGUUUUCUGCAUUCCAAAUUUUACUGCAAGUAUCUUCUUUUAAACGGUAUUAGAACCACUGAAGAAUGAAAAAUUCAAUCUCUGAUCGCUUUUGAUUGUGUCAAGGUGAAAAAUCGAUGAUCCGUACAGAUUCGUUGUACAAUUAAGCAACUUGGAACUUGACUUACUCGUAAGACGAUUUAGCGAGUGUAAACAUCUGGGAAAUUAGUAUAAAACUUCUAAGUGUUUUCAAGUCGUAAUUCAAAUUUGAUGGAAACUGAAAAGUUCAUCAAUCAGCGCUCAUCUAUACUCAUCUGCUACUCAAAAUUUGGAAUACGUGCACGAUAGCAGAAUUUCCAUUUGAAUAACCCUUGGACCUUGUUGGAGUCAUCAGUAGAGAGAAUUUGACUUUACAGUAACAAGUUUUCAAGUCGUGUACUUCUACCUACCUAGUUUUUUUAGAAUAUCCUCUCUCGUACCUGCUGUCUCGAAUGUAUCUAUUACCUACUACUCAAGGCAUCAAUUCAUGAGUGGCGUUGAACCUGCAUCCAUUGUAAAGCUCAAGGACCCGAUGUCCCAUCGUAUCAUCGAGAAAAGAAGACGGGAUCGUAUGAACAAUUGCCUCGCUGAUCUCUCCCGAUUAAUUCCUGCCGAAUACUUGAAGAAGGGUCGAGGACGUAUCGAAAAAACCGAAAUUAUCGAGAUGGCUAUCAAACAUAUGAAAUUUUUACAAGAUCAAACUCGUCGAAACAAAACUGAAACUUGCGAAAUUAAAGUAGAUAACGAGCAUCAGGUUAUGGUUACCGAUACGCAGUACGUGAACGAGGCUGGAGCUCAGGAUGCUGAGAUGGUGUUUCGAGAUGAUUACAAAAUCGGAUAUCAAGACUGUUUGGCGGAAACUAUGCAUUUUCUGGUCGAGGUUGAAGGAUUUUACCCGUCUGAUGCGUUGUGUGUCAAGCUGAUGAGUCAUUUGGAGAAAUAUUUCGAUAAAAUUAGUCAUCAAGAAGGUAAAGUAGUCUAUCGUCAAUUGGAAAAUCCCGCCUUGCCAAAUACUUUCGAGCCGAAGGUGAACAGUUACCAUUCGAGCAGUAUUAGCGUCGCCAAGGAACAUAGUCUUAACGAAUGUAGACCUAACUCGGCCCCUUCAGUAGCCCAUGUUGAUGAGAAUUCAUCAAACGAAAGCGUACACGGUACUAGUCAGCUUAGAGAAAUGUUGGUGGGACCGCAUUUGAAUUCAUUGUACUCUACUGCUAUAAGACCCAACAUCAUACGACACUCAACACCCGAACGUGGACGGUUAUCUUCUGUCGAGUCGAGUCACUCAGACGGAUCAUCUUCGAACGGAUCCUUAUACAAGUUCAAGAACUACAUCAAAGAACGUUUCAGCGCCGAGCUGUCGAAUUUAAAUUACAAUAUCGAAACCUCGAACGUUGUAACUUUAAGAGAAGAUAAAUCACCACCUUCGCCGAUCGUAGUCAACGGGACGAAACGUAAAACCGAGUACAUAAACGAGAGCGACAAUUCAUCCGUUCCAUCACCUCUAAAAGAGGUCAAACAUAUCGACCAUCAUUACUCCAUAGCUUCUAAACCGGUGCCUAUUUUCGCCCUGCAUGCUAAAGGAGCUUUCUAUAUACCUUUAUCCAUAGAUAGUAAUCUUCUUACGCCAUUUUUAACCGAAUUGAAUAACGAUUACGGUACGAUAAAUGGAUUCCCUCCUAUGGUUCUACACCCUGUUACUAUUUCGGUUAAUUUUAAUCAACCUUCGUCGUUAUUAUCAAAGCCGAGCGAAUUUAAAGCGUUGCUUUCGCCGACCAUUUCCCAUCAUUCUAAUACUGCUUCUUUACACGUUGUUCCCGAAUGCCGCUAGACGCGACGCUGGAUAUAGUGGACGUGGUUCCCUUACGUUGUCGGUAAAUGAUGGAAAUUCAGCGCGUGUGAUGACUGAGUUAUCCGAAUUUUUUUAUUUUGAAUAUUUGUACUACUAUUUUUAUUCUUAGAAGACUGUGUGUUAUUAUUUGCUAUUUCGCCAAAUUUACUCGUAAUAAUAAUCAUUUUUUAAAAUGUUUUUAUGUGUGCUGCACUUACCCUAUUACCUAUUUUGAUCUCUCAAACGCGGAGACGGGUUUCUUGAUACAAUAAAUUAAUUAGGUAGAUUAUUUUCAACUUGUGUGUAUUUCCCAUCUUGCCGGAUCAUUUUGUAUUAUCAUUAUUGCUACUAUUAUCGUUACUUAUUAUACUAUAGCACGCGAUUGAUUUCGUAAAAUUGUAUUACCUCUUAUCUGUAAUAUUAAUAAGUUGUUUAAUCGGUUUCUGAGUGUAAUGAAAGUGAAAGGUUUCCUUCGAGUUGUUCGUUAAAAUUUCAAAUUUCAAAUGUUAUCGUAUUAUUUUUUUUUAUGAUCCGUCUUGAAAAUAUCCUCGAGGAUUUUGGUACAGAAUAGCACUCAAUAUACGUAUUUAAAAAUAUGUUUGAGUGGUGGGUAUGGUGCAUUUUUUCACUUUUUCUUAGAAAUCGAUUAGGUAUGCUUCGAUGUUAUGUUAUAAGCGUUUCGAGUCGGAAUUUAAAUUACUAUACCGGAACUCCGGAAGUUUUAUUGUGUAUUGCAUUUAAUUUGUUUCUUUAAGAUUUGAUCAACUUAUAUACCUAAUUGUAUUUUUGAUGAUGAAAUUUUCACAUGUCCUUUUUCAUCAAACUUAAUGUUCGAGAAUUGUUAUUUUGCGAGUUUGACGUACAGUUCGUAAUUUUAGUCGAAUAAAAUGAUUUUCAUCGAUGUUAUUAUUCAGUA